AUGGAAGAAAAAAUUAAAUCUCUGUUAUUCAUUGAAAUUAUUACAUUUAUACUUCUAAGUUGGAUGUAUUUUAUUCAUAUGAGUGAAUUCACCAAAUAUUCUAAUGAUAACCAUAAUCUUAUUAUAAAAUUAGGUGAAAGAAAUUGUCGCAUACUAGCAAAAUGUAGAAAGGAUAAGUAUUCAGAUAUAGUAAAUUUAAAUGAAAAAUUAUAUAAUAACGGGGAAAACAAAAAAGAUAAUAUAUCUUACAAUGAGAAAUAUGCUACAGUAAAAAAGGAACAGUCAAAUGGAAGUUCAAAAAAUAAUGCGCUAAAAAAUAAAGAAAUCAUAAAAAUUAAAUCCUGUAUAUUUGAAACAAAAAAAUGUUCUCAUUUAGAAAAAAGAAUAUUCAAGGAACUUGAUUAUGUGAAUUUUCUUAAAAACAACAGGUCAAUUAGUAACAAGUUGUACAAAAAAAUAAUACGUAAAAAAUACGAAUUACGAUUUCUUGUACCUGUAUUAUUUUUAUUUUUGUUAUUAGUAUCACUAAUAUUAGAUUUAUUUGUGGGUUGCGGACUUCAAAAUAUAUUUUUUGAUGUAAUGCGUAAAUUAUCUUUGACUGAGUGGAUAAAAACUCUUAAUACAUGGUUAUCUAUAGAACCUUUGCGUGAGUUAUAUAAAAUCACAAAAUCUAUUGAUAGUAGUAGUAAGAAAACCUAUUCUACUCUUGUUACAAAUUUUUUUGGUAUUAUAAUUUACAUAUUACCUUUCCUUAUAUUAGGAGUUAUAGCUAUUUUAAAAGUUUUUUACCACCAUAAAAAAUUUAAAAAGUAUGAAAAAAUAAAAUUCAGGAAAAGAUAA